AUGGCUCCCCCCGCUGGUGAGACUGUGACCAUCUCGAUCCGACGUCCCAUCGACGACCCCAUCUACCUGGCCGGCACCUUCUCCGACCCCCAAUGGGAACCCGUCGAGCUCAGCUCCAAGCCCGUCGACACCGAACCCGAUGAGGACGGACUUAUCUCCACCGAAUAUCUCUUCUGGCACGAUCUGACCCUGCCUCCCGGCCAACAUCAGUAUAGAUUCCGUGAGGGGAAAAAGGGCCCCUGGUUUCACGAUGAAGCUGUAAAGCAUGUACCGGGUGAGGGUGGCCUCGUCAACGUGCUUACUGUUGGGGAGAAGGAGUCCGCGGCCGAUGCUGUUCAGCCCGUUGUCGAGAACGAUGUCAGCGAGAAAACGGAAGAGACUGUGUCGGAGGACGCCACGCCCAGGGAGAACGGGGUCAAUGGAGUCGCCGAGCACGACACACCUGCGCAGGAGUCUACGCCCGAAGAGCACAAGCCUGAGCCUCUCGCCGCUCAAAAAGAGACCGAGCUGGAGGAGCCUGUCACUAACGGCAGCACCGCGACCACUGAGGUCAAUGGAACCGAGACUGUGGAGCAGCCCUCGGAAGAAAAGCCUCCGGUCACUGCGAACGCCCCCGAAACCGUGGAAGAGAAGCCCGCCGAAGCCGAGACAACCUCUGAAAAGGAAGAAGCCGCCGCCACUCAGACUCAAGAAGCUCCAGUCAUCACUGAAGUUGCCGAAGCCGCCACAGACGCCGACAAGGACCAAACCAAGGAAGAAGAGCCGGCCACUGCUGUUGAGAGCGCCCCGGAAACCGACAGCAAGGCAGUUGAAGAGCCUCCGACGGAGAAGGUCGCCGACGAGCCCGUGUCUAAGGUCGAAGAGCCUGCUACCGAGAGUGCGGCCGUAGAGACUGCAGCGGAGGAAACCCCUGCAGUGGAAGCCGUCUCGGAGAAGCCUGCUGAGACCGAGCCCGUUGCAACUGAGACUGCUGAGGAAUCGACCGCUCAAGAGCCCGUCGAGGAGCAGCCCGUCAAGGAGGUGGAGGCAACUGAGGUCGCAGUGGUCGAGUCUACGGAAGAGGCUGUUAAGGAGGAACCCUUGACACAAGAGCCAUCCGAGUCUGCUGCUCCUGUCGAGUCCACGACUGAACCCAGCGCUGCGGCCAAGGAGCUGCCCGAGGAUAGCAAGACUCAACAACCUCUCGAAGUUGCUGCUCCUGCAGUUGCCGACGAAUCUGUCGCUCACGAGGCUCCCGAGAAGAUUGACGAGACCCCCGCUGUUGAGAUUUCCGCUCAGGAGCCUGCCAAGGAGGAGCUUCCCACGGAAGAGCCUGUGAAGGAGGAACCCGUCAAGGAGGAGUCCGUUGCCGAGCCUAGCACCGAAAAUGUUACGGAAGAGCCAGUUGUCACCGAGACGCUAUCGGAGGCGGUUUCUGCUCAAGAAUCGACUGAGACCCCUGCCACUGCGGGAGCCGAAGCCGAACAAGCCGCGGAGGAGCCUACUGAGACCCAGGUCGCAGAGGCUUCUGCCAUCGAGCCUCUUCCUGAAGUGGCUUCUACCGGGGCGGGCGAGAAGGAAGAGCCUGUUGCGGAGCCAGUCACCGAGAAGUCUCUCGAGAUUGCUGCCGAGGUUGCGCCAGUGGAAGCCGCCGCCGAAACCACGACCGUGGAUGAGUCCAAGGCUGAAGAAUCCGUGCUUGAGGAGAAGCCUGUAGAGGAGGCUGUCACUGAUGCCCCGGCUGAGGUAGCCGCUGCUGAAGCUUCUGAGCCCGCCAAGGAGCCUGUCGCUGACGAGCCUACUCCUGAGGUCUCUAACGCUGAACCUGUGGAGGAGCCGAAGGAGACCACGGUUGUUGAUGACAAGGUGACGGAGGUGAACGCUGUUGGGGAGCCAAUGGAGCCACCUGUGGAAGCCGCCAACGAACCCGCCCAGACCGAAGCCGCUGCCGAGGAACCUACUUUGGAAGGCGCAACCGCCGAAGCCACUACUCAGGAGGAGCCUGCUCACCAAGAGACCUUUGCGGAGGAGCCGGUUGUUGAGACUUCUGCUGAAGUCACUACCCCCGAAGCCUCUGCUCCCGAGAUCGUCCAAGAGCCUACUGAGAAGGAAAUUGUCACUGAGGAGCCAGCCGUGGAGAACUCUGAAAAGGCUGUUGUGGAAGAGCCGGUUGUUGAGGAGCCUGCCGUUGAAGUCCCUGCUGAGGUGGAAAGCGUGAAGGAACCUGUUGUUGAGCCCACCCAAGAGCAGACCGUGGAAGAGCCUGUAGCUGAGAAGCUAGUUGCCGAAACUUCGGUGGAAGAGCCUGUCAAGGAGGAAUCUGUUGUUGAAGCUCCUGCUACUGAAGCGCCCGCAGCUGAGGAGCUAGCUGCUGAGACCACUUCUGAAAAGGCGACAGAAGAGCCUGCUGUUGAGGAGGGAGUUGCUGACGCAGUUGUUGCUGAGGUUACUGAAGAGCCAGCUACCAAGGAGGAAUCCGCCGUCGAGGAAUCCGCCGUCGACCCCACUAUCGAGAAGGCCUCCGAAGAGCCGGCCAUUGAGCAACCAGUCGCCGAAACCACCCUUGAGAAGGAGAUUGAGAAGGAGCUCACAACGGAGGAAGAGCCAGCUGCUGAAGAGCCUGCUGUUGAGGCCACUCCUGAGGUCACUCACGAAGAAGUUUCGGAGGAACCCAUUGCCGAGACUCCUGCUAUGGAAGAACCCAUUGCUCAAGAACCUGUUGCUGAGCCCAUCGUUGCUGAGGCUGCUGAGACUGUCAAAGAGCCUUCGGCUGAUGCAGUGACUGCGGAAGAGCCUGUAGCAGAGGCCAUCGUUGCCGAGACUGCCAAGGCCGUUGAAGAGCUUGCUCAGGAGACCCCCGUUACCGAGGAGUCAACUCACGAAGCCCCCACCGUGGAGGAAGUUGCAGAGCAGGAAAAGACUGUUGAGGAGCCCGUCGCUGAGGCCACCGAAGAGCCCGCCUCUUCCACUGAGCAGCCAGCUCCCGAGACUUCUGCUCCCGAGGAGCCUGCCGAUGAGGCGCCUGCUGUCCACACUACUGCCAUCGAGACUGCCGAAGAGAAAGCUCAGGAGGAGCCUACCGUCGCUGUCGAAGAGCCCGUGGUGGAAGCCGCCGCUGCUGAGGAACCCGUUACCGAACAGCCUACUGUUGAAGAGCCCGCCCAAGCCGAACCAGCUGCCGCUGAGCCCGUGACUGAGGAUGUUGUUGAAGCUACAGAGACCGUUCAGGAGCCUAUUGCCGAAGAGCCCGUCACUGCAAAGGUCGCCGAAGUCGCGGAGCCCAUCAAGGAGGAGCCUGUCGCCGAGGAAUCUGCUCAACCCGAGCCAGCUGCUGCCGAGAAGGCCACUGAGGAGGUUGCUGAAGUUGCGGAGCCCGCCCAGGAGAAAUCAGCUGUGGAGGAGCAAGCGCCCGAGGUUCUUGUCACCGAGGAGCCCACCGCAUCCGAGCCAGUGACUGAGGAGGUUGUCGUUGCUGAAGAGAUUGCUCCUGUUGCGGAGACGCCCGCUGAAGAGACUCAAGAAGAGCCCAACGAGGCCCCUGUUGUCGAGGAGACUCCCGCCGUCGAGGAGAGCGUUGUUCCAGAGGUCGCCCUUGAGAAGUCUCACGAGGAGCCUAAGGAGGCACCUGUUGUUGAGGAGGUUCCUGCUGUGGAGGAGAACCCCGCUGUCGAGACCGCUACUGUGGAGGAAACCCCAGCUGUCGACGAGACUCCCGCCGUAGAGGAGGCCCCCGCCGUGGAGGAGGUUCCUGCUGUCGAGGAAGCCCCUGUUGUCGAAGCUGCUGCCGAAGAGACUCCUGCUGUUGAGGAGGUUCCCGCUAUCGAGGAGACCCCCGCCGUCGAGGAGACCCCCGCCGUAGAAGAGACACCCGCUGUCGAGGAGACCGCUACUGUGGAGGAAACCCCCGCUGUUGAGGAAACCCCUGCUGUCGAAGAAACCCCCGCUGUCGAGGAGACUCCCGCCGUGGAGGAGACUCCUGCUGUUGAGGAGGUUCCCGCUAUCGAGGAGACCCCCGCCGUCGAGGAGACCCCCGCCGUCAAGGAGACCCUUGCCGUAGAAGAGACUCCCGCCGUCGAGACCGCUACUGUGAAGGAAAUCCCCGCUGUCGAAGAGACUCCCGCCGUCGAGAACCCUGCUGGCGAGGAGGUUUCUGCUGUCGAAGAAACCCCUGCUGUUGAGGAGACCCACGCCCUUCACGAGAGCGCUACUCCAGAAGUCACCACCGAGAAGUCUCAGGAAGAGCCUAAGGAAGCCCCUGUUGUUGAAGAAACUCCCAUUGAGGAGACUCUCCCCGAGGUGCCUGCAGCAAUCGUUGCUGACGAGCCUAAGGAGGCACCGGUUGUUGAGGAGACCCCCAUCGAGAAGACUAUCGAUGAGGUUGAGUCGACUGCAGCAGGUGUGGAGGAGCCUGUCGCUGUGCCCGUCCAAGAGCCUGUUGAGGAGUCUGUUCCUGAGGUCGCCGAGAAGGAGGCAGUUGUUGAAGCGCCCGCCGCGGAAGACUUUAUUCCUGCAGUCAUCAAGGAAGACGUUGCCCGCGUGACGGAAAGUGCCGACGAGCCUGUUGCUGCUGAGCCAACACCCGAGACUCUUGCAUCUGAGUCUGCCUCCGAGACUACUCCGGUCGAGGCGGCUGAGGAACCCCAAGUGCAGGAGGAGGAGCAACUUUCUGAACGUGUGUCUUUCGCCGAGAUUGAAGGCAAGGAGGUGCAAGCCCCCAUCAAUGGAGUCAUCAACACGCAGACGGCUGCCCAAGAGGAAGUCACCGACGCUGCUAGCGCCGUCAAGGAAGAUACUCCUGUCGAGCCGGCUUCGUUGCAGUCGGAAGAAGUCAGCAGAGAAGUUGUGCCUGAAGAUAUUGUCGCUUCUGAACCUGUUGCUGAGGCUGCUACGGAGCAAGAGUCCCCCAAGGACAGUCUUCUGACACCCGAGAUUAUUGCCGCCGGCGCUGCCGCCGCCGUUGCUGCUGGAACUGCUACUGCCGUUGGAGCCGCUUCGGUCUCCCACAAGGGGGCUGAGGCUGCUGCACCUGCUGAGACCAAAUCACAGGAACCCCAGCCCGAGAACAAGGACAAGGCCGUCAACGUUGUGCCUGGAACUUGGCCCACUGAGGGUAAGAGCUCUCUGGCCACGAGUAAGCAGCUCAGAACUGACCCUGAUGCAGCCAACGCCGGUGACGACGCCGCCAAAUCGACCCGCCAGCCCACCGCCGAAUCGUCAUCGAACGCUGCUGACAAGGCCGUGGCCACCAAGGGAGAUGAGAACCCUCGCUCACAGAGUCAAAAUCGGUCAGUCACCGCUGUUUCUCUGAAUCAUAAGAAGCAUGACAGCUGGUUGAAGACUAUCUUACGCGCUGUGUUUACCAAUUUCUUUGGAGCAAUCUUUUCUCCCUUCCGCCGUCGCGGAGGGAACAACCAAUAG